AUGCAGAGAGCGGAAGCUGCUGAAACCGAGUUGGCGGCGACUAAGAACGCCCUGGCAGCAGCGGUACUACAACAGGCGAAAACCGGAACAGCCCCCGGUAGAGGUACCAAGACGAAAGGAAAGCCAUUGGGGAUGGAUAGCACACCUGCAUUCACCCCAAAGAGAACCAGAUCAUCACCUGGAGAUGAAAGGCUCGCAGCACCCAAAAAACAAAAGAAUGCGGAUGCAAGACCGACGAACGAAGUGAUUAGCAGCGGAAAGGGUGAUUCCCCCUGGCGCGAGGUCCGGAACAGGAAGGACAGAAACAAAAAGGAUAGCGCUAAUACGCAAAAACCUAUCAGGAGGAGGAAGAAAGGUGAAGCGGUCAUCGUAAAAACCAGCGAAGACACGUACGCCGACGUCUUGCGGGCCAUGAGAACGGAUCCGCAACUCAAGGAGUUUGGUGAUGACGUCCAGAAGAUCAGACGAACCCAGGCAGGAGACAUGAUCUUCGAGUUGAAAAGAGACUCGAAAAACAGAAGCUCAGCGUAUAAAGAGCUUACAGAGAGAGUAAUGGGCGAAAAGGUGCACGUGAAAGCCAUGUGUCCCGAAGCGACGCUCCAAUGCAAGGAUUUGGACGAGAUCACCACCGAGGAUGAAGUGAGACUCGCCAUGAGGGAUCAAUGUAACUUGGAAGGCGUGGAAAUGACGGUACGCUUGAGAAGAGGACCGUUUGGAACGCAGGCAGCGUCGAUAAAGCUUCCAGUAGACGCAGCCAACAAAGCGAUGACCAUCGGCAAAAUCAAAGUCGCUUCGUCUGAAGUGGAAGCAAAGAUGCGAGCGCUAGAAGAAAAGCAGAAGCAACAGUAUGAAAAGAUGGAAGCAGAGAUGCAGCAACGAAAGAAGGAAAGUGAUAUGCAGCGUGCGUUCGAGCAGCAAAAGAUGAAGUUGGAGCUGCAGAUACGCGCUGAGGAAGAAGAGAUGCAAAGAGCUUGGCAAACGAAAAUGCUCCAGAAGAAAAAGGAGCAGAUUCGGCGGAUGAAGGCGAACCAGGACUCAUUCGAGCUGCAGAUGGCAGCCACAGAAAAAAGUUUGGCGGAACUGUCGUCUCAAAAAUCCAAAUCGGCGCCGAAAGUAGUAGCGUGUACUUCGAAAGCGGGGCAUUUCGGCAAAAUGGAAGCUGAUCAUCGAAAAGCUGUGCCAGAACUUCGACCGCCCGGAACAACUGCUCUCAAGUCUGCUGGACUUGGUGAAUCGGCUGGAACCCUCGAAGCCGGACAAUCUGAAGAGGUUUGUUCCAUUCGGAGACACGGUGGAGCAACUCUGGCCAUCUGGAAGCAACACCUCGUCAACCCAUUGCUGAUAAAGUCGCUGGUCGCCAAGCUGCCGGAUCGAGCUUGGCUCCAUUACUGGCGAAGUCGAGGGGAAACAACGUUGCGGACGCUGUCGGAUUUCCUGAUGGACAUUGUGAAGUACAAUCCGCCGCCGUCGCUAGAAGCAGCUUCCUUAUCCGGAAAGAAGAGUUGGAAACACGGUCGGACCGAGUGCACACAUACGGACAAAAACAAAAUGGAGGUCUUGUUCCGGAUCGUUCCGGUGCAGCUACACUGCGGCGGAAAAACGAUUCCAGUUCAGGCGUUCCUGGACGAAGGGGCUACCGUUACGCUGGUGAAAAACAAAAGCUCGCCGACCGUCUGA